AUUGCGGCGGAUUUUAUUGCGUUAAUUGCAUGGUCAAUGCCGCGCGCGCGCGCGCGCGCAUCUUUUCUCGAUGAUCGAGCGAGAUCAUUCGAAUUUCGAACGAAUUGUUUGCUGCGUCACGUGAUCUGCAGCUCUUGUUGGUCCACACAUGCGACGGCACACACCGCCGCUAUGCAAAUGCGAUGUCUCGCCGCUCUUUCUCUCGUUAUCUCCCGCGCCGUAUGAGAAUAAUCUCGCUGUUUACAUGACUAACCUGUACCCCUGGCAGAUCGUACGGGUCACCGUAGAUGCAAUAUACACUCCUGCGAACAACUGAAAAUGAAGAGGAGAUUGAUAAUGAAUUGGCAUCUCGCCAAAAGAAAACCGCCAGCCAGCCGGGAAGAAAAUACUUCACCGUAAUGAUGGUGCUCGGUGUGUUAUUCCUAGGUUACAUUGCCAUUGCGAAUGACUUGAAACCAAUAAGAAUAGGUAGCAAAGCCAUUGACACUCUAGCGUUCUCUUUUAAUUUGCAAAAACCAUUUUAUGUUGUUGUAAUCGAUGCUGGAUCUACCGGCAGUCGUGUACUAGCCUUCAGCUUUCACGAGUCUAUUCUCAAUGGCAAUUUAAUACUUGACGACGAGUUGUUCAGCGAGAUCAAACCUGGACUGAGCUCGUUCGCGGACACACCGAGAGACGCUGCAAAUUCUCUGACCACACUUCUGAACAAAGCUAAGACGGUGAUCCCGCAGUCCGAAUGGCCUCGCACUUUACUGACUAUGAAAGCUACCGCGGGAUUGAGAUUACUGCCCGAGCACAAAGCCAACAACAUAUUAGAAGAAUGCAGAAAGUUAUUUCAAACAUCCGGAUUUCAGGUGGCGAAAAAUUCUAUCUCCAUAAUGGAAGGCACGGACGAGGGAAUUUUUUCUUGGUUCACGGUCAAUUUCUUACUGGAUCGUUUCAAUUCUCUCAGUUCUCAGACCACCGUGGCUGCGUUAGAUCUAGGCGGAGGAUCGACGCAGGUCACAUUCCAGCCAGAUAGCGUUCAAGCGAAGAAAUUGGAGAAACAUGUUUACUCGAUCAACGUGUUCAAUCACAAUAUGAGUCUGUACACGCACAGCUACUUAGGAAUGGGCCUGAUGGCUGCAAGAAAAGCAAUUUUGACUUACAAUGUGAAUACGGAAAAUACGGAUUCCAAACUUCCCAUAGAGAUACACUCGGAGUGUAUCAAUCCGAUCGUGUCCACCGAGUGGUCGUACGGUGGACGCAAUUACAUUGUGAAAGGUCCGAUCAACGGCACGUACAAAUUGGUGAAGACCCAAAACUUCGCCGGAGGUGACGAAAACAAGCCAGUUGUACGUUUUUCGGAAUGUCUCAAAAUCAUCGAAAAAUAUGUUAGCACUCUCACCGAAAAACCGAUAGGUCUGAAGGAUCAUGAAAUAUACGCAUUUUCAUAUUACUUUGAACGUGCGACGGAGGUAGCAUUAAUAGAUCCAUUUUUGGGUGGAGUUGUGCAACUGAGCGCAUUUUUAAAACAAGCCACGGAAACUUGUGACUAUCCAAAUACGGAUCAGCCUUUCAUGUGCUUAGAUCUGACAUUUAUUUAUAUUUUACUAAAGGAUGGAUUUGGCUUGGAGCCGAACACUAAAUUAUAUCUUUAUAAAAAAAUCAAUGGCCACGAAUUGAGUUGGGCAUUGGGAGCCGCGUUUAACGUCCUUCAGAAUGGACUUUGACACAUUAUGUGUUUUAUCUUCCUGUUGUUAUUAGAUGAGUUUUUAUUUCAUAUUUAUGCACAUUGAAAAGACAAAAAAGCGGAAAACCAGAAAUGAGGAAUACGCAGAAAUAUAGUCAAUAAGAUGUGUAAACAAAAGUUUUGUAUAUAAGAGUUGUGAAACAUUUCGUGUUCGAUGUUUGCAACACACACAAUUGCGUAUCAUUGUACGCGCAAGCAAGCGCGUAUUUUAGCAUGGAUCAUCAUAUGACAUGAAAGAAAGAAAGAAAAGCAGUAUUUAAAAUAUAUUUUUAAUAUGUACUAUAUAUUGUUAUAUCUGAAAUAUAUCUCGUUAUUUACAAAACAGAUUUAUGUCGCCGCAUGUUUGUGAUAAUUUGUAAAAAAACUUUCUUAAAUCUCUUAUUUGAUCAAAUAAAGAUAACAUGUACUUUUUAUGUAA